GGCUGUUUGCGUUGGGUUACGUCUUAAAUCGAAUUCCUGUGGCACUGAAUAGUCUGCUAAAAUUAAAGCCAUUCUAUCUGGGUGUUGCAGCGCUGCUGUUUUGUGGAUACUUUUGUAAGCCGGAAGGAAUUAUUUUAGGACACAGAAUAUGGCACAGAUCGUGAAACAGCUGCACUGGUUCUGAAAGGAAAGAUUGGUUAUACUGCCUAUGUGGUUAACUAUAUUUCAGAGACGAAGUGGUUUGAAACACAGCCUGGGCUUUACACCGGAACACUCAGUGCGCUUGCGCAGCCAUGGCUGAUGUCCACGUCCGAAUCUGUGAGCAGGAGAUUCUUAAAUAUGAUCUGGAGAUCAAAGCUUUUAUUCAGGAUAUCAGUGAAUGCACUGGCCCACACACUAAACUUACAGAGUUGAACGGGACAGUGAAGGAGAAAUUCGUCCGACUUCGCCAGCGAAUCCAGGAUCUGGAGCAAAUGGGUAAGGAGCAGGAUAAAGAAUCUGACAGGCUGGCGUUACUCAGACAGGUGGAGGGCCAUCGAAAACAGAUGCUCAGUAACCAGACGACCUGGAGGAAAGCCAAUCUGGCCAGUAACCUGGCGAUUGAUAAACUGGAGAAAGAAGAUUUGCUGAGUGUGGGCGAUACUGCUGCAAGACAGAGAAAGUUAACAAAGGAGAGCCUAGUUCAGACCUCCAGUGACAUCACAGAGAGCCUGAUGAGCAUCAGCAGAAUGAUGUCGCAGCAAGUGAAGCAGAGUGAGGAGACCAUAAGCACUCUGUCAACAUCGUCAAGAACAGUUCAAGAAACCAAUGAAGAGUUUAAGGCCAUGACAGGGACCAUCCAACUGGGACGAAAACUCAUCACAAAAUAUAAUCGGCGUGAACUGACAGACAAGCUGCUCAUCUUCCUGGCCUUGGCACUCUUUCUGGCCACUGUCCUGUAUAUCCUGAAAAAAAGACUCUUCCCUUUCCUUUGAUCCGGAGCAUGGGGUGUAAUCCGAUGAGACGCUGGAAUAAGUCUCCAUGGGACAGUUUUCUAACUACAUAGUUGAUUUGCAAUUGUGUUACACAAAAAGUUAUAUGAUGGAUGUUCAAGUCAGACUGUGGCUUUUGAUUGUGCAGAAUAACAGAAAACAGUUAAGAGAGUAAAAGCACAUUUUAUUUCUCUAUAUACUGUAAUCCCCAGCUACACCAAUGUACUCAUCCCAGUGUUACUAGUGUUUGGAUACCACCAAGGUAGAAAGGUUUCUCAGUAUGCCAAAGCCAUGAUCAGAUUUCCUGUUUCAUGUCUAAAAUACUGGCCCCCCAGGAACUCCUUUAACGGUUCUAACAUCUAGAAAUGCUUUGGAGUGAGGUUAGGACUGUACAGGUAUGUGGAAUGUGGCAAUAACUCUCAGCCAAGUUCCUGUAAUGUGCAAGCGGUGGUGGUAAACGCGAACGACUGGGAUCGUCAUUUACGGACGUACAGCCUUCUUUAAAACAUUUCAGUGUUUUACUGCAGCUAAGAGUCACAUCACCGUAAGGUGCUUAAAGGCUUCUGUAAAUAUCAAUAAGUUAUAUGGCCUUAUUCACAAGAAAUUACAUCACGUCCCGGUUUGACUUGUACGCCCCUCAUAUAUGUUGUAUAACACUUGCCUUUAAUGUGUAUUAAGAAAAGCAUCAACAUGGAUUUCAGGAAGAAAAUGCACUUUUAACUUUUAUAAAGUGUGAAGUAUAAAGUAGCUGAUGACUGACUUGUGCCAGUAAUGCCAAUGUACCGGAGAUCUGCUAUCAUGUUUGCCUAAUUAGUUUUUUGUGUUUUUUUUUUUUUCCAUUCCUGAUUACUAAUAAUUCUCACCUCUCUUUGUUGUAAACUAUAUUAUUGCACAUUUAAUACAAAGUCUUAAUUACCUGUCCACCAGUGCCGAAUCCUUACUGUAUGUUAAAAUAUAAUAAAUAAAUAAAUAGACAUUCCAGAG